GGCUCGGAGUGGGGGUGGGCCAGCCGGCGGACAGGAGGGCGCUAAAGGCACAGGCAGGGUCCGCCGAGAGCCAGCAGUGAGUGGUGACUUUCGGUUCCAGGGCGCCCCCUGGAGCUCGGGCUUCUGCGCUGCGGGCAGAUGCGCGGAGACUGGGCGCUGUUGCGAGCCUGAGCCGGAGGGCGGUCUGGGCGAGGGGGCGGCGCUCCGGCCUGGGGCUGCAGGAUCGGCGGGCGGGCGGCGCGGCAUUUAAACCCCGCUGACAGCCGGCCUGGGGCUCGCCGGCCCUCCGUCCCCCGUCCUCCUGGGCACCGCCUGCAAGAUGCGGUCCUCCCUGGCUCCCGGCGUCUGUUUCCUGCGCGCCUUCUCCAGGGACAGCUGGUACCGAGGUUUCAUCCUGCUCAUCACCUUCUUCAUCUACACCUGCUAUCACAUGUCCCGCAAGCCCAUCAGCAUUGUUAAGAGCCGCCUGCACCAGAACUGCUCAGAGCUGAUCCGCCCCAUCAACGACACCCAUGACCUCAAUGACACCACGUGGUGUAGCUGGGCUCCAUUUGACAAGAGCAACUACAAGGAGCUGUUGGGGGGCGUGGACAAUGCCUUCCUCGUGGCCUAUGCUGUGGGCAUGUUCAUCAGUGGGAUUUUUGGGGAGCGGCUGCCUCUGAGGUACUACCUGUCGGCUGGCAUGCUGCUUAGUGGCCUCUUCACCUCGCUCCUGGGCAUGGCAUACUUCUGGGACAUCCACUUCCUCUGGUACUUUGUGGUCAUCCAGAUCUGCAACGGCCUGGUCCAGACCACAGGCUGGCCCUCUGUGGUGACCUGCGUGGGCAACUGGUUCGGGAAGGGGAAGCGGGGGCUCAUCAUGGGCAUCUGGAACUCACACACCUCGGUGGGCAACAUCCUGGGCUCCUUGCUGGCCGGCAUCUGGGUGAGCGGGCCCUGGGGCCUGUCCUUCGUGGUGCCCGGUGUCAUCACGGCAGCCAUGGGGCUGCUCACCUUCCUCUUCCUCAUCGAGUACCCAGAAGAUGUGGACUGUGCCCCCCCUCAGCACCAUGGAGUGUCAGAGGAGAGCCCCGACAGCUCCGAGGAGGCCGGGAAUGGGCCCUACAGGGAUAGCAGUGUGGACUUGGCAGCCAGGGCCUCCAAGGCGCCCAACCCUGAGCCCAUGGCCAUCAGCUUUUUUGGGGCACUCAGGAUUCCGGGCGUGAUCGAGUUCUCUCUGUGCCUGCUGUUUGCCAAGCUGGUCAGCUACACCUUCCUUUACUGGCUGCCCCUCUAUAUCUUCAAUGUGGCUCACUUUGGAGCUAAGGAGGCUGGAGACCUGUCCACACUCUUCGAUGUUGGGGGCAUCAUAGGUGGCAUCGUGGCCGGGCUCAUCUCCGACUCCACAGGCGGCCGGGCCACCACCUGCUGCAUCAUGCUCAUCCUGGCUGCACCCAUGAUGUACCUGUACAACUACAUUGGCCAGAGGGGGCUGGUCAGCUCCAUAGUCAUGCUGAUUGUCUGCGGGGCCUUGGUCAAUGGCCCCUACGCGCUCAUCACCACGGCCGUCUCGGCAGACCUGGGCACACACCAGAGCCUGAAGGGCAACGCAAAGGCCCUGUCCACUGUCACGGCCAUCAUCGACGGCACGGGCUCCAUAGGUGCGGCCCUGGGGCCCCUGCUGGCCGGGCUCAUUUCCCCCACGGGCUGGAACAACGUCUUCUACAUGCUCAUCUCUGCUGAUGUGCUGGCCUGCUUGCUCCUCUGCCGCCUAGUAUACAAAGAGAUCCUGGGCUGGAAGGUGUCCCUGGGCAGAGACAGAGGCUCUAGUCUGGCCCUUACCCACCCGCGGUAGUCUUUCCCUCCAGCCCCAUCACUUUUGUAUAAAGAAAUCUGAGGCCCUGUUUGGAAGGGAAGCACAGAAGAGCCCAAAGUGCCCCCCGGGACAAGACCUUGGACUUGGUCACACUGGGUGAGGCCACACCUCUUGCUUAGACACACAGCACAGCGCAGCCCUGCCGGCAGGGCUCAGGGCUGGAAGACAGUGGCGGGUGGGAGCCACCCUGAACUGGACAUGCAGGGCUCAAGCUCUGGGAGUUGUGGGCAGAGGCCUGGGCAUGGGGCCGAGCUUGCUACGACUGGGACACAGGCAGAGGUUCAAUAAGGCCCAGGCCUGGAAAAAGAGUGAGUCCUCUCUGUGGAAUUCAGCCUCUGUAACCUGCUGGUGCCUAUAGAUGGGUGUCUGAUCCUGUUUCCAA